CGUUGUAACUUUACAAAAAUUUACUACUGUAGGAUUAACUAUCCAGUCAACUUAUCGAAAACUAUACCAGAUAAGCCUGUAAAGUGAAUUUAUACAAAACAUUCCGGAAAAUCGAUUGCCUUCUAUCCCGUCACCCCCACUGGACUGGCAUCAAAGUAAUAAUGGUCGCAACCCAUCGACGGUAGAAGCUCUUCCGCCUCCGGCUUCUGUGCAUGAAGGUCUAUACAUCACCUGUUCAUUAGCGCCUUGCAGAUCGUCUCACAGAAAUAAAUUUAGCGUUCCUGCUUUACUCAAAGUAGUGUGUGGCAUCUGGCGAUCGGCAGGAUGCCUAGUGGGCUUGAUGCGCUCAAGGCUAAAUAUAAAUUGAACCAAGAGAGCGAGACCUAUCUUCAGCAACGGCUAGAGAAGACAGGCAAGCUUUUGGAUACAGGAGCCACUGUUGAGGAAGCUAGGCACGCCCACGAAGAAGUCACCUUAAAGUAUGCAGGCGACUUUGAUUUUGAAGGUGAUGUAAAGGAAUUCUUUGUACCUUCGCCUUCUGUUAAAGGCAUACCAAUAGAUGUUCUGAAGCCAUUGCUGGUCAACAGACGCCCAAACAUUCUUAUUUACUUCCAUGAUGGUGCCAUGGUGUUUGGCUCCAGAAAGACAUCAAGCAUAAUAUGCAAGAUACUUGCAAUUGAGGCUCGCUGUAUAGUCAUCAAUGUGGAAUAUCGCCUGGCUCCAGAGUUUAAGUUUCCAGCAUGCUAUGAUGAUGCUAAAUGUGUUGUUCGAUGGGUCAUGAUGAACAAGGCUUUGAUAGGGGCAGGGAAUGAGAGCAAGGUUGGUGUGGCAGGGUCUGGAGCUGGUGGAAAUAUUGCUGCCACUGUGGCACAUGAAGUUCCAGGCAUUGCUUACCAGGUUCUCAUCUACCCCUUUGUUGAUUUUCGCUUUGGUCAGCCAUCAGUUGAAGAAUUUCAUGUGGGACUGAAAUCACAAGAACAUUUGACAUGGUGUACUGAGCAGUUCCUGAAUACCGCAGAGGAAGUUACCAACCCUCGUGUGUCUCCUCUCUUGCAGCCAAAUUUUACAAAACUUCCACCUACACUUAUUAUUGUUGCGGAGAUAGACUCUUUGAGGGAUGCUUGCUAUGAAUAUAAAAAGAAAGUCAAGGAGGCAGGGAUAUCAGUGGAAAGUAUGCUGUGCAAAGGAACAGUUCAUGGUUUCUUUUCACAACCAGGCCACUUCAAGGAGACCAACAGAAGAGCUCGAGAAAAGAUAAUAAAUUUUAUGAAAAAGUAUGGAUCUUAAGCUAGAUAGGGAAAAAUUUCUACCAUGCCUUCUGCCAGUAGCUCUUGCAAAGUGUGCAGUUGUGACAAACUGUACAAGAACAGAAUAUUUUCAAACAUUUUAUGUUUACCUACUCAAGGCAUUUCUUCUGUGUCAUAUCAUAUAGAUUGAAAUAUGGCAUCCAUACAUUGGAUUUUUUAAUCACCGAAACAUUAUCAUUUAGGCAAUGUUUAAAAAACACUUGCACAUUUGUGUUAAAAAGCUUGCAAAAGUUUCACUUAAAUAACCUGUUUUCUGCAUAUGAAAUAAGGAGAUUUUGUUUUUCAUGUGAAGCAAUGUAAACAACUCCCACAAAAACAUACUCAUUUCUCUGACUAUUUCUCAGACUUUUACUUUUUAGAUUUUGUAGUAUUUACAUAUAAACCAUAUCACAGACUAGAGGGCAAUUUAAUUUUUUCUAGGAUAUCUUUGAAUACAAAUCUGCUUGCUUGCAAAGUAAAACAUGAUGUAUAUCUUUUCAUGAUCGUCAGCUUUAUUUUUUCUUGUAUUCUAAGUUGCCUACUGUUAGUAGAUGACACAUGUAAUGUAUGGAGUAUUAUUAGCCAGAACUUUCACAAGUUCAAGACUAGUAGUAGCUUAGCAAAAAGGGGUGGAGUGCCCAGUGUAUGUCCUGCAUAUAUGUACACACAAAAUUACCAUUGUCUUAAAAUUCUAAUGGAUGUCCGUAAAGAUAGUAAAGAAGUUGACAAAAGGUGGGAUUAUUCAUUUUUCCCUUUUCUUUUCUCAAAAUGAGUAGUCAGUUUCACGUAACAUUUGGAACACCAGCAAGAGGCCUAAGAGGCAAGUAUUGUGGCAACUUUUUAUGAACAACCUUGAGAGGCAUGCAAAGUCAAACUUUAGAGGCAUGCGAAGUCAAAACAAAGAAACUAAAGCAUAUGAGCUAACAGAAGCCUUAGAGCUUUUCUUAGCUCUUUAUCGACUGUUUUACUCACAUUGCUUUUCAACAGCUACAGUCAUGUUGAUUCACAGCAUAUAGCUGACAUCUAAAGGGUUUUUCUUAGACAAACCAAUAGCAUUCAGUUACUUGCAUGUUCAAAAUUUUGUGUAAAUGUUAUUACCUGUAUUUAAAAUCCUGUAGCAAAUGUUUAAAUCUGUUAUUUUGCUGUAUAUUUUUCAUAUUCAUGUAUUUUUUAUAAGCAGGAUUUUGCUCAAGAAACCCACAUAGCCCUUAUUGAUGGUUGAUAAUGGUAUGUAACACAAUGAAGACAGUUCAUAUGAGUGACAUGAUUUGCAUAUACUGUAACACACAUCUCCAACUAGCAGUGUUACUGAAACUAUAACAUGCAAAAGUGGCACAAAACUGUACAUACCCUUGUAAGAAAAUUUGGCAUCAUGAGCUAUGCCACUCUUGUGAACACGGCAAGAAAGAAAAUAGAAAUCCUAUGUGUGUUGAUCUUAAAAGCAUUGAAAAGUCUUUCUUUUGCCAUUAGGAUCUCCAAUACUUGUAAUUAAAUAAAACCUAUAAGAAUAAGUAUUUCCAUCUAAAACUAAAUGUAUUUUAAAGUUUCUUUAAUUUGUUCUAAAAAAAAGCCUUUGUGCUGCCUUACAAAAAUUGUGUAUAAUGAUUUUUUUUCUUGCACAUAGUCUCUAUAUUCAAUAACAGUGUUAAGCAAUUCGUGGAACAAGCUAGCAAAAGACUUUUUUUUUGUUUCAAUGCAAGAGUGGUAUGGGAAGAUUCUGGCCAGAGAAUACAGACAAAAAUAGUAAUGAGCAAGAUUUUUUAGUUUUGUUUUGCCUUAUGUUUUUUAACCUGCAAGUUGUAAUCCAUUUGUGAAUCUACAAAGCUAUAAGAUUUAUUCUUUAUCAAACUUGAAUUAAGUGGAUGUUGAGGAUUGAUCAAGUUUUGAAUGUAAUUAACAUUUGUAUGACUUCUAGUGCCUAUGUGUGCUGAACUAUUCAAAGCAAUCAUGGUAUGAAAUUCUAUUUCUCAUGUACAUGCAUUCACAUCACCCGUGUUGAUGUGCCAUCAGGAUACAUAUAUAUAUAUGCAGAUAUUUUAUCAUAAAUUAGCCAUGUAAAUGCAGCGUCUAUUCUUUGUGAGAAGCGGCUAUACAAUGCAUCAAGCCUCCUGAGCAAGACUUGUUUGUUUGAGCAGCUUGCGUGGAUGACAAUUCCUUGCUUGAAAUUCUUUCAUAAGCACGCAUACACAUUGCACAUGUUUCAACGUUAAAAAAGUGCAGUUUUCACAAGGUCCUUCAACAGAUUAAUGUGCUUUGAAUGUUCUCUUCAUGAAGACACAGUUCUUUGUGUUCAGCAUUAUUGUGAGCUUUUAUGCUUGUAUGAAGUAUCCUGCUAGUUGUUAAUUAUUGUGAUGAGGUGGAAACAGUACACAGGCCAAACCAAUGGAAUAAUCUCCAAGACCAGCAAUUGAUGGUGUGCACACUGUUAGACCGGUCUGUAGGAAAAGACAUAAACGGGAAAAUUUUUUCAGGCUUUUGUGGAAAAUGAACUUAGUGCCUUUUUGACAGGCUUUCUACCCAGUGCUAUAACCGUGACAAACACAAGCAGUAAUUUUAACCAGAAAACUCUACAGAUGUGCCUCCAUAUAUGCUGAUUCAGAAUAUGUGGAUGUAAUAUGGUCUGCUAUUCGCCUACAGGAAACAACAUGAUUGGCUUUAUUCUGAGCCCUUUAAAGUUUGUCCAAUAGGCAGUUAGGGAGAUCAGCAAAUAGAGAGUUGCAGUAAUGCAGCCCGGACAACACAAAAGCAGACAUAAGCAUUUUGGUGGCAGAAACGGACAGGGCAGGUCAGAUAUGACUUAUCCUGCGAAGCGCAAGAUGGAUUUACAGACUGCUUUGAUUUGAGAUUCAAGAGAUAAUGAUGCGUGGAUCGUAAUGCCAAGAUUCUGGAUGAUCUGGGACAGAGAGGAAAAUGUUAUUUCCAGAGAAAGUAAAGAUAGUACAGGAUGGCACAUAUUUAAUGUCGCUAUCUUUGAAUUUUUUUGUGUUGUUCAAGUAGUUAAGAAAAAUGCUGGUUUAUUCAGAUUUUUUAAAUUUUUGCAAAAUGCAUUUUUUUAUGUUACUGCCUUUAAUGGGUUAACUUUGUAACAGGAGUGGGUUAUUGUUUGUGUAGAUAUGUAUUAUGAGUCAUUGCUUAGACUUUUUUAACAUGUACAAAACUGUCAAAUUGUUUUCUAGAUAUUUUGAGAUAAUGGAGACAAAAGGUCAAAAAUGACUGUCAUUUGCAUUCAAGGAAAUUUACACGGGAAAAGCCAAGCACAAAGUUAUGGCUAUUACACAGUGGUGUGCCAUUCCAGACCGAGCGUUGACAUUUUAGGAGAUCUUUCCCAUCCUGUCCCCUUCAUAUUAUUCAUUUUGCAACCAUUGGGAUCAACAGUUUAGAUUUAAGAUUCAAGUGAAUGUCCAACGUAAAAAGUAUGUUUGUGUGAGUGAGAAAGAAAGCGAAAGAGAGUAAGGUUGUGCACCUGCAUUGAUGUCCAUUUACAAUGGUGUGUAUUAAAUUUUUAUCUUUAAUUUUGGUUAACGUUUAGUCUUUUGUCUAAGAUGUAAACAUCUUGUGCUACUGAAAAUGUUUUCACAGGACAUUCUUUCCAAUCGGAAAGGCCUCCUUAUGACUAAAACUCAUAAAGUUUCUAGUCAAGAUUGCUGAAAAAGUGAAAAUCAAAACAGACAAGAAUGUCUCCUUAUGCCUAGCAGAUUUCUGUGCAAAUAAUUGUAUGUUGCUUGCCGUGCCGUUUUUAGUUAUAAAUAUUUUGCUUAUUGCAACACACUGCCUUCCACAUCAAAAUAAGAGAUAAGUAUUAUGAGGAUGAACGAAUGAAUGAAAAACAAACACAGAUUGCUAUUUGACAACAUCUGUUGUGUGGAUACUCAUGAACCAUUUUAGUAUUCAACAUAUUUGGAUAUAGCUGGCUCUGUUUUGAACCAGAUUAUCCUUAUCCAUGUAUACAAUUUAAGUAAACCAUCAGUACUAAUGGUGAGUCAGUUUUCUGAAGAAGCUCACAUUCUUCUGCCUCAAAGCUUGUUGGUAUAGAUUCGGGUGCUCUUAUUCCAAAUCACUGCAUGUUGAUAGUUAUUGUUUAACCAAAAGGACAGUUGUGACAGUUGACUUUUUGUUGGCAAUUUUUUUUAUUCAUUUCCUUGAGGUUGUUUACGCCUCACAUUUUAAUUUUGACAGACAUGAAAAUGCAUAUUAAAACUUAUUUAUAAAUGUAUUGUGCUUUACACCCUUUUGUAUACUUGCAUUGUUUAGUGCUGCUCAGCUGUACAAUGUUAUUAUUUUUCAUGAACUGCAUUACCUAUGUACUAAGGCAGUUCUUGCUGUUUAAUUAUAGAAUUAAAUAUUUAUGAUCAUGUAAA